GACGAGGGAGAGAGGAAACAGGCUCGCUCUCCCCGUGGGAAACCUCCUCGCGACAGGAUGAGUCUGCAGUGGACUGCGGUUGCCACCUUCCUCUACGCAGAGGUCUUUGCUGUGCUGCUUCUCUGCAUUCCCUUCAUUUCUCCCAAAAGAUGGCAGAAGAUUUUCAAGUCCCGCCUGGUGGAGUUGGUAGUGACCUAUGGCAACACCUUCUUUGUGGUUCUCAUUGUCAUCCUUGUGCUGUUGGUCAUUGAUGCUGUACGUGAGAUUCGGAAGUAUGAUGAUGUGACUGAAAAGGUGAACCUCCAGAACAACCCUGGGGCUAUGGAACACUUCCACAUGAAGCUUUUCCGUGCCCAGAGGAAUCUCUACAUCGCUGGAUUUUCCUUGCUGCUGUCCUUCCUGGUUAGACGCCUGGUGACUCUCAUCUCCCAGCAGGCCACACUGCUGGCCUCCAAUGAAGCCUUUAAAAAGCAGGCAGAGAGUGCUAGUGAGGCGGCCAAGAAAUACAUGGAGGAGAACGACCAGCUAAAGAAGGGAGCUGCUGGGGACGGAGGCAAGUUGGAUGCCGGGGACGCUGAAGUGAAGUUGGAGGGAGAGAACAGGAGCCUGAAGACUGACCUGAAGAAGCUAAAGGACGAGCUGGCCAGCACUAAGCAAAAACUCGAGAAAGCUGAGAACGAGACUCUGGCCAUGCGGAAGCAGUCCGAGGGCCUCACCAAGGAGUACGACCGCUUGCUGGAGGAGCAUGCCAAGCUGCAGGCUGCAGUGGACGGCCCCACGGACAAGAAGGAGGAGUGAACCAGUCUUCCUCCUCCCCUGCCUGCAGCCGACUUCCACCUGGCACGUGCUUGCUGCUUCCCGAGAGCCCAGCCUCUCCCUCUGGUACUUCGGUACUUUGGUUCACUCCCUCCUGCUUCCCCAUUCUCUUCCAGGGCUCGUAGCUCGUCAUCUUGGUCCCUUUCUCCCCUCCUGGCAUACCGCUGGGGGGCCUGAUGGCCACAUGUUCAGACUGAAUUUGCUAUUGUUCUGCCCUGACCAAUAAUUGGGUCUCUGAUAGGGCUUGCUUCCUGAGUGUUUGAGUCCCCUUUUUGUACUGCCUGUUGUUGGUUUCUCUGCUCCAGCCAGAGGGUUGGGUGCAGCAGGCAGACUGGAGUUUCUCUUGGGGGCAAUAAAGGUUGUUGUGACAUGUA